ACAGUAUAGUGUAAACUUUACACGAUCUAAAUUUACGCCGGUCAACACCGGUGUCAAUGUGUUAUAACAUCGAUGUAUAUUACAAAAAAUUAAUUCUUGUCUUUUAAACAAAUUUACUAUCAAAUGCAUAAAUAAUUGUAACUAAAAAUAACAUUUUAUAUUUCUGAAACAGAAUAAUAGACUAAUUACAUACAAAAUUUCAACAGUUUUUUUUAGGACGAUGAAACUGUCAAUUACUUGCUAAUAUUAUUGUAAUUUAAACAAUAAUUUUUGCUAAUGAAUACUUAUAUAAAACAAGAAAACACCACUGUAAUAUGUAAGAAAUCUCCAUCGUGACCUAUGAACGCGCGAUUGAGUAUGUACAUAUAUAUAUAUAUAUAUAUAUAUGUGCUAAAGUAACGCGGUUUAUGAGGAAUCUUCAAAACGUACAUGUACGUGGUUGACGAUUUCACAGACUAAUGAAAUUAUUAUAAUCAUUUUAUCUUCAACAUGGAACAACUCCCAGAAUUUGUGGACUUAUUACUUGCUAGAAGAAAUGAUUGUGAUAUUUUAUGGGCUUCUAGACCUAUGGAAUCAUUGGCACCGCAUAAGCUUCCUCCAGAAUCUAAGUAUUCCAGACAACAAAUGAUUCAAGCUGUGCUAAAUGAUGAAAGAGUUAAGUUAACAAUUGCAUCUUUAGCUAAGUUACGCAAGGUCGAUGUAAGCAAAGUUGUAAAGGAGGCUAGUAUGAUGGCAAAUGAAAUGGCCAGUAAAGCAAGAUUGCCUACUGUUCGUUGGAUAGGUAUAAUUAUCACAAAAGUUAUUAAAAGAAUUUUUUUAAGCAUUUAUAUAAAUGAAAGUGCAAUAUACAGAAUAAAAAAAGAAAUGCAGAUUUCUCAAGUGCAAUAUGUUUUUGCACCUUCUCAUAGAAGUUACUUGGAUUUUAUAUUAUUGUCGUAUAUUUUAUUUUCCUAUGAUAUGGCACUUCCAAAUAUUGCAAGUGGAAUGGAUUUUUAUCAAAUGUAUAUAAUAGGAGAGUUAUUAAGGCAAACAGGAGCUUUUUAUAUACGACGUACCUUUUCUACCGACUUACUGUAUAAAAGAAUAUUUCAAUCAUAUGUAAUGUGUCUUGUGGAGCACAGUGAUAGAGCAAUUGAAUUUUUUAUAGAAGGUACACGAAGUAGAAGUUUGAAGAGCAUAGUACCAAAGUUUGGUCUUCUUUCAACUAUCCUAGAAAGUUUAUUAGAGGGUAGUGUACCUGAUAUACAUUUUGUACCUAUAAGUAUAAACUAUGAGCGACCACCAGAAGAAUUAUUAUUUGCAUAUGAACUUUUGGGAGUGCCAAAACCAAAAGAAUCUACUACUGGACUCUUUCAAUCUCUGUCUAUUUUACAAAAACCUUGUGGUUACGGCCGCAUCUUUUUUAACAUUGGUGAACCUAUCUCUGCAUGUCAUUUUUUGAGUAUGGAGUAUCGUAAAACAAAAGUAUUAACGCCAUAUACAAAAUUAUCGUCAACUGUCACUGAGAAAUUGGCCUAUUCCAUAAUAGAUUCGCACAAGAAAAAUACAAUUCUCAUGCCCUUCAAUAUAAUUGCUUUAUUGUUCAAUGAAAGAAGUCAAACACAGCCUGAUGAUCCAUACACAUUGGAUACUUUAGUCGGCGAUUAUUUAUGGUGUAAAAAUCUGUUACAAGUAUUCAAUGCGACAGUACAUACAGAAAGAUUCGGCGAUAAAAACAAUGCAAGUACAAGUGAUGUGAAAGAAGAAAUAUUAAAUACUUUAAAGCCCCAUGAAGAAUUACUUGGAUUUGAUGAAUCAAAAUAUUUAAGACUUAGAGAAAGACACAAAACAACAAAGCUAAAGAACAAUGGACGUGUUAAAGGACAUACUCUGUCUGAAAAAACUAUGCAAAUAGCUGUAUCAGUUGUUAAUAUAUCCAUUUACUUAAAUCCUACUUUAUCUUUUUUCAUAAAACCAGCUAUUGUUACACUAGUAAUAGGAGUAGAAGGUGUUGAAAUCGGAGCUGCUUUCAAACGAUACGAAUUACUGAGAACAUUGCUUAGCACAGAAUUUGCAAUGCCUGCAAUAGAAGAUGAAUCUAUGAUGAAAUCAGAAUGGGAAGAGACAUUAAAUUUGUUAUUAAGAAAAAAUUAUAUAAGUAUUCAAAAUAACUCGUAUAUAAAGGGACACAACCUAAAAGUACUUUCUCUCUUAUAUAAUGUAAUGUUACCAUUUGUAGAUGCAAUAUAUAUUACGUGUCUCGUCUUGUUCGAGUGGAAGGAAUCAAUAUCGAAUUACAUAACAAUAGAAGCACUUUUGAUUGAAGGACAGAAACAAGCAGAAGUAGCAUUCUUCGAAGGAAAUGUAUGGGGGAAACAUCCGUAUUCGUUAUCUCUUGAUUUAUUUAAUACGACAAUAAGCAAUCUCAUAGCACAAGGUAUUCUAGUACCAUGUGAAAGGCAGAGUAUGUACCAAGCUGAUAAAAUACGAUUGGCAUUAAUUCUUACCGAACUGCGAAGCCUCUCGUUAAAACGACCAGUGGGUUCGUAUUAUAACAUGGUAUUAUUACCUGAAUUGCAAUCAGCUAUGCAAUCUAAAUUGUAA